UACCUUCCCUCCCGUCCCUCCACCGCGCAUGCACGUACGUACCCGCCAUUGCUGCUGCCAACCCUAUUCCUCUCUCUUCCACCGCUCCGCCUUCCUUUGAUCCUUUCCCCACCAUCUCCAAUGGUGGCCCCCCUCGUCGCCUAGAGCACCGACCCCAACGUUGCCCAAGGACCAGGGUGGCCACCUCUCCUCCUCCCCCCGCCGCGGUCCCCCCUCGCCGCCGGCUCGCCGGCGACGAAGACGUCGUCGUGCCCCCACCACCACCACCACCACUCGGCCACCCACCGGUCCUUGUCCAAUUCGCUCUCUCCACCCCCGCCCGCCGCGCGGUCGUCGUAGCAACGGCCGCGGGCACCGCCACCAUGGCGCGCUGCGGGAGCGCCAUCGCCGCCGUCGCGGCGCUGCUCGUCCUGCUCGGCGGGCACGCGGCCGCGCGCAUCCGGGUGGAGCACUCCGGGAUGGUGAUCCGGCGGCCGUCGUCGUCCAUCCCGAGCUUCCGGGAGGCCCCCGCGUUCCGCAACGGCGAGGAGUGCGGCGGCGGGGGGAGGGUGGACGUGGCCAUGACGCUGGACGCCAACUACCUCCGGGGCACCAUGGCCGGCGUGCUGUCCAUCCUGCAGCACACGGCGUGCCCGGAGAGCGUGUCGUUCCACUUCCUCGCGGCCGGGAUGGACGCCGACCUCGCGGCGGCGGUGCGCGCCACGUUCCCGUACCUGGACCUCCGCGUGUACCGCUUCGACCCGUCCCGCGUCCGCGGCCGCAUCUCCCGCUCCAUCCGCCACGCGCUCGACCAGCCGCUCAACUACGCGCGCAUCUACCUCGCCGACACGCUCCCGCCCGACGUGCGCCGCGUCAUCUACCUCGACUCCGACGUGGUGGUCGUCGACGACAUCCGCGCGCUGGCGUCCGUCGACCUCGGCGGCCACGUCGUCGGCGCGCCCGAGUACUGCCACGCCAACUUCACCAACUACUUCACCGACGCGUUCUGGUCGGACCCGGCGCUCAACGGCACGUUCGCCGGCCGCCGCCCGUGCUACUUCAACACCGGCGUCAUGGUCAUGGACGUCGGCAAGUGGCGCGCCGGCGGCUACACCCGCCGCGUCGAGCGGUGGAUGGAGGUGCAGAAGCAGACGCGGAUCUACCACCUCGGCUCGCUGCCGCCGUUCCUCCUCGUUCUCGCCGGUGACAUCCAGGCCGUCGACCACCGCUGGAACCAGCACGGCCUCGGCGGCGACAACGUCAAGGGGCGGUGCCGUGGCCUCCACCCGGGGCCCAUCAGCCUCCUCCAUUGGAGCGGCAAGGGGAAGCCAUGGAUCCGGCUCGACGCGCGGCGCCCGUGCGCCGUCGACUACCUCUGGGCGCCGUACGACCUCUUCCGGCCAUCGUCGCCGGUGCUCGAGGAGUGAGCAGCAGCAGCAUCGAGCCAUGCACAAGCUAAACUGAUCAAUCUCCUACUUUGUUCUUGCAGAAGCUUAAAAGAUUUUUUUUAAAAAAAAAGAAAGAAGUUGGCAAGAACAUGAUGAAGAAAUUGAUUUUUCUUCAAAGGAAAAGGAGAAGAAAUUAAUGUGCAAUCAGCAAUGGGUGCUAUGAUCUGUGCUGCUAGCUGCUGUUUUGGGGGGUCUCGAUUGGGAAAUUAAGCAAAAAUCGAUGAGGAUAUGAACGUGCGAAUUGCUUCAUGAUCUCUUUGGUUUAUCUUGUAUAGGACACAAUGUUGUAAUUAAUUUUGUGAGGAUUAGUGUGAAUACUGGGAGCUAGGUGGGGGAAGGAACCGACUUACUCUGACAAAUGUAUGUACUAUACUAAUUGUACUAUAAUAUGGUAUACUCAGAUUUUGUUAAUGCAAAUUGCAAACACAGAAUACACAAAAUGAGUAAUUGAGCUGAA